GUUUGCCAUGGAAAUGGAUAUGACGUCUAAAUUCUCUUCAAAGGACGAGGAACUGGACUUCUGGAAGACUCUUUCCCUCAAGUACAAGAAAGGCUGCGAGGAGGCUCAGGAGGAGCUGCUGGAGUUCCAGGAGGGGAGCCGGGAGCUGGAGGCCGAGCUGGAGGCUCAGCUGGGCCAGGCUGAGCAUCGCAUCAAAGACCUGCAGUCUGACAACCACAGACUCAACAAUGAGAUGGAAAUACUCAAGGAGAAGCUGGAGCAGCAGUACUCCCAAAGCUACAAGCAGAUCACCGUGCUGGAGGACGACCUGGGCCAGACGCGCAGCAUCAAGGACCAGCUGCACAAAUACGUCAGAGAGCUGGAACAGUCCAACGAUGACCUGGAGAGAGCCAAGAGAGCCACCAUCGUGUCUCUGGAGACCUUUGAGCAGCGCCUGAACCAGGCCAUCGAGAGGAACGCCUUCCUGGAGAGCGAGCUGGAUGAGAAGGAGUCCCUGCUGGUCUCCGUGCAGAGAUUCAAGGAUGAAGCCAGAGACUUGCGGCAGGAGCUGGCUGUGCGAGAGAGGCACGUGGACGUCGCCAGGAUCUCCGCUCCAAGCUCACCCACUCGGGGGAACGUGGAGACAGACUCUGCCGUGCAGGUGUCCUUCUCCCUUCCUGCCACCCCCAUGAGCAAAGAGCUGGACAACGCCUUCGCCCACCCGACAGUUCUGUGUAACAGCUACAGCAGCAACUCGCCGCUGACUCCCUCCGCCAGGAUCUCCGCCCUCAACAUCGUCAGUGAUUUACUCCGUAAAGUCGGGGCUCUGGAGUUGAAGCUGGCCACCUGCAGGAACUUUGCUAAGGAGCAGAGAGUGAGGAAGGCGUACGCCCUGGACAACGGCAACGUGCUGAACGCUAACAUGGCCAGCUACACACACGCGCUGCACACAUCUUACUGUCACCAAGCCAGGACCACGAACAGGCUCGGACCCGGUAACCUGACGGCCAUCACCGCGGCCCCCACCGCCUCGCCUCCCGGCCUGGUGCCCCUCGCUGUGUGACCCCCUUAACCGGAGAGGAGGAGGGGGGACACGCCGGUCCAGCCUGUACAUGCGCUCUCCUGUGUCUCCUGUGUCUCCUGUGUCUCCUCCUCGUAGUCUGACUGGAGACUUCAGAUGGGUCCAUGUGUUCUGAGUGUGUUUGUGUAUCUGCGGUCUGCUCGCUGGCUCUAGCAAAGCCUGCAAAGGCCUCUCUGCUGGUCUCCGUGAGGAUCUCCCCUGAUUCGUGUUCAUGAGUAAACAUAUCAUCGUAAACAGGAAAUAUGCAAUUACUUGUAGGCAUUUUGAUGAAAAAGGCAACAUUAUUUAGUAAUAACACCUGUUAACUGCUUCAAAGCAGCAGGUUUAAUGAGAAGGCGCUCACGCGGAUGUCCUGGAAAACUGAGUCACAUGUGUCCGUCAGUCAUUGUUGUCUAAACGUGUCCA